AUGAUGUCCUACAGGCAGGAAUAUCAUAAUGGCCUUCCAUUGCCAACAGCACACAACACUGUCCUCAUACAUUCCAGUGGUGGAUCUGGAAGCUCCAGUGAAUCUGAAAGUAGUUCGGAAUCUGAUUCAGACAGUGAAACCAGCUCCAGCGAUAGUGAAUGCAAUGAAGAAUCACGUAGCGGAACUCCGGAGCCUGAACCCCCCUCAGCUAACAAAUGGCAGCUGGACAAAUGGUUAAACAAAGUCAAUCCUCACAACAAGACUAUCAUCAGCAAUCAACAUGAUGGUCACGGGGAGAACAGCGUUCCGUCGCAAACCGGGGCUCAGAUGGAAGGACAAAACAAAGGGAAGGUAAACAACAGCUUGUCCUUGCCCGAUUCCAAAGACAGGACCCUCCGCAGCCCCAUCCGAGAGAAAGGCAAACCCCGGGUGGCCCAGAAAACCCCAGCCGAAGUGAAAAGUUCCAAGCAGAAAUCCCCUGUCCACAAUGAGCCGGUCCCACAAAGGACGACUGGGAAGAAGCAGCCCAAAAAAGUCGAAAGAACUUCCAGUGUGGAAGAUUACAAUUGGCCCAAACCAAAUAUGACUAGCAGCACCCCCAAAGACAAGGAGGCGCAAGAGAGCCCAGAACAAGCCAAACUGAGGGCGAAGAUGGCCGCUGGGAAGACCGCUCCAAGGAAGGAGCCUAGGGCCACCACCGGCCCUCCUCUGGAGAAGAAAAAGUACAGAGGUCCCAGCAAAACUUUUCCCAAGUCACGAGAGUUUGUGGAAACGGAUUCGUCCACCUCUGAUUCGAACACCGACCACGAAGAGAGCCUGCAGGCCAAAAGUCUGCAAGGAGGGAGCGGCUCGGACAGCAGCAUCAAAGCCAAGGACUCCAGUAGCAACAUCCUCAGCGUCAGCAGUUUAAUGAGCAAUAACAGCAACACUUCGGUGGACCAGAAUGGGCCAGAUUUGGAAGAGCAGCUUUUCUCACCUCUUCCCAUUGUCCAGAAUGAACCCCUGUCCCCCUUGAAGGAAUUCGAAGAACUCAAGUACCUUUGGGUGAAAAUAGACCUGAGUUUUCUCUCUCGGGUUCCCGGGCAAGAUCUGGACUUUGAGAACAUCUCCGGAAAGGUGGAAGCCCGAGAGGUCAACGUCAAGCAUCGGCGACAGGCGCCCGACUCUCCCUUGCCCCUGGCUGAAAAACCGUCUGCUAAAACCAAAAGGAAGCACAAACAGUCUGAAAAUGUGGACAUAUUUGGCGACAACAAGAAACAACGUUUAGAAGAGUCUCCGGCUUCCUGUUUGCUUCCACCCUGCAUUUCACCGAUACCCAACCAUAGAAUACCCGGCAUAAAAGAAAGCAACUCCAUGAAAAAAAUGACCAAAAAGAGAGAAGAAAAGCUCUUCCCACCUCCCUUGUCUCCUCUGAUGGACGAGACAGCCCCGCGGCAUAACAUCAUGGACAGCAGCUCCUUCAACCAAGAGAACUCCCUACCAAGCUCCUUGCAGACCAACACCUGCUCCAAACACAGGAAGAAUGAGAACAAAUCUUCUGCCAACUCCAAGGGAAUCAGUGAAGAAGACAUUCACAACAGGCCUUCUAAUCCUUUGCUGGAAUCCAGCCACCUCGACAACAAUCUCUGGUUGACAAGUCCCACCUUCACCAACGGGAAUCCUGAAUUGAGAAGACCCAAGAUAACGUUUGAUGAUAUGCUUCACAAUGCUGAUUAUUACAUGCAAGAAGCCAAAAAACUCAAGCAUAAGGCAGAUGCUCUGUUGGAGAAAUUUGGCAAAGCCGUGAAUUAUGCCGACGCGGCGAUCUCCUUCAUCGAAUGCGGGAAUGCUAUGGAGCGUGAUCCGUUAGAGGCGAAAUCUCCAUACACCAUGUACUCCGAGACGGUGGAACUCAUCAGAUAUGCCAUGAGGCUUAAGAAUUUCACGGGGUCUUCCGCCACAGAAGGAGACAAGAAACUUGCAGUCCUCUGCUACCGCUGCUUAUCCCUCCUCUAUUUGAGAAUGUUUAAACUGAAGAAGGAUCAUGCAAUGAAGUACUCCAGAUCCUUGAUGGAAUAUUUUAAGAAUUCAUCCAAAGUUUCACAGGCCCCUUCUCCUUGGGGUGGCAAGAGCACAGAAACGCCAUCCCCUAUGUCUCUGAGCCCCUCACCCAUCAGCAACCUUGGGAGUACCACAAGCACGGCAGGCUCCUCUUCGGUGGGGACUGUCAGCAUCCCCCAACGGAUCCACCACAUGGCUGCCAGCCAUGUCAACAUCACCAACAAUGUCUUGCGGAGCUACGAACAUUGGGACAUGGCUGACAAACUGACAAAAGAAAACAAAGAGUUCUUCAUAGACUUGGACUUGGUGAUGGGUCCAUUGACACAACACAGCAGUAUGACCAACCUGGUCCGUUACAUUCGUCAAGGACUCCAUUGGCUUCGCACCGAAGCACACUUGUUGUAGUGACGGCCACGCCCCCCUGUCACAACUCCAUCCCGUU